GGUUAAAAAUUGGUCGUAAAAAUGCGUCAGAUCCAUAUAAAAAUUAUGGGUCAUGCAAAAUUUGCGUAAAAACCUCAUACGAAUGGGGCUCUUUAGAUGAAAUCGGGGAUUCAGAAAACAGCAGAUGUCAGUUGCUUUCCAUGACUCGCGAAAGACAUUCACUUUACUAAUUGAUUUAUUAAAGAUGCUUCUGCCGAGUCAUAAACUGGGAUUAUUCCCAUCAGUUUCCUUCUCUACAAGUGUCCUUCUGCUGUUGAUAAUCUGUUUGUUUCUCUUGCAAUGGCGAAAUGAAAUUCGAGACUACUUGAAUCGCAGAUCAGUGAUGAUGAAAUUUGCAGAAGAAUUACCGGGUCCUCCAACACUACCCAUUGUUGGAAAUGCUUUGGAAUUGAUGGAAUCUGACAGAACAGUGUACAUACUGACUGAAAUCAGUCGACAAGUGAGGGCUGCGACAUAUCGAUUCUGGAUGGGGCCAAGUCUAAAACUCAUUGUGGCCGAUCCACGUGAUCUCGAGAUUAUGUUAUUGAGUUCAAAAGCAUCGAAAAAAGAUGAUUUCUAUGAGUUGAUGCAUCUUGCGGUCAGAGAUGGUCUCAUAAAUUCAUUUGGUCCAACAUAUAGAGCUCAUAAAAAAUUAUUUCUCAAUUUCAUCAACAAUAAUUUCCUCAUGAAAAUAUACAUAGAGCAUUUCAAUAAACAAUCUCGUAUAUUUGUGGAACGUCUCGAGACUCAAGUGAAUCAACCAGAAUUUAAUAUGCAGGAUUUCUUCGAGCAUUGCAUCGGUGAUAUCGUUUUUGAAACUAUUUAUGGCCUACCGGGAACUGCGCAACGCGGCCAAGUGAGUCCUUUCUUCGAACUGGCGGACGUGGCUUUGCAUAUCACGUUCGAACGUUUCAUGAAGCCAUGGCUCUGGCCUGAUUUCAUGUUUUUCCUCACUCCCAGUGGACGAAAAUGUAGGAGGAUUGUAAAGGAAGCACAUGCGUUCAUUGAUAAUGAAGUUAAAAAAAAGAGAGAGAAAUUCAGAGCACUGAAUAGAGAUGUUAGGGAUGACAGCUGGUCGAUAUUUGAUCUUAUAAUUGAUCACGUUGAGAGCACGAAUGAGUGGACCAAUGAAGAAAUUCGUGAUGAGAUUAUAACCGUUUAUAUUGGAGCGCAUGAUACACUGGUGGGUACUGGGUGUUUCGUGUUGUUAAUGUUGGCAAUGCACCCAGACGUUCAGGAAAAAGCUCGAGAAGAGAUAAAUAAUAUUGUGGGUAAUCAUGAUGUGACAGAAACGGAAAUAGGCAAGUUGAAAUACCUCGAGAUGAUAAUCCGAGAAACGAUAAGGUUGUUCCCGGUCGGUGCUGUGAUAGGUCGAAAAACUACCGGUGAACUGAAACUGGCUACCUGUACAGUUCCGAAGGAUUGUUCUCUUUUCGUCUUGUUAUAUGCUCUUCACAGAGACCCAAAAUAUUGGAUGAAUCCAGAGAAAUUUGACCCGGACCGUUUCUCCCCAGAGAAUUCGAGAAAUCGCCAUCCCUACGCCUUCAUUCCCUUCAGUGGAGGUUCUAGAAGUUGUCCAGGAAAUAAAUUCGCUUUGACUUGUCUCAAGGUGAUCCUCUCACAUACUCUUCGAAACUUUAGAUUGCAAACAACACAGAAUCUCGAAACAUUGCGUGUACACACGCACAUUUCGUCAAGAAGUUUAGAGGGUUAUCAAGUUUCUCUAACUAAAAUUUAACGUCAAGUCGAUGAUUAAUUUUUUUCUUUAAUAUGUAGAAUAGAUCUACAUAUUUAUCAAUGCAUAUGUGAACAAUAAAAUUAUGUAGCUGAAAA